GAAAAUGGCGGCGGCGACGGCCUCGGCGGCGCUGGGCGUUGGGGCCGCGGGCUCGGGGUCGCCGCUGCUCCGGCGCGGCCGAGGGCGGAGGCGACGCCCCCGGGGCGGGCGCGAGGAGAAGCGGGAGGAGGCGGAGAGGGAGGCCGGCGGGCCCGGAGGCCGCUGCGCCUGCCGCCCGCUCUGCCGCAGCCGCCCGGACAGCCUCGGCCGACUCCAGCAGCCAACCCGGCCUGCCUCGGGAGGGGAGCCGCCGCCGCCUUCGCCCGCCCGAGACUUCAUAUUCAGAGCGCCCAUCACAUUAAGCAAGCCCGGAGAGCUUCACGAGGAAUACAGAUGCCAACUCCGAAAGCUGAGAGAUGAAAAAUUGCAGGAGGAGAGAGCUUCCGAGGAUCUUAUUCACAAGCUAAUUUUUGAGGAUAUUGAAGCAGGGAGGAGAAAAACAGAAGAUCAGAAGAAGGAGGAGUCUGCAACAGCCAAGAUGACACAAGAACAUUUCCCUGAGCAUCUCUCCGAUUCUGAGAAUGAGGAACCAUUCCAGGGUAAAUCUGGCCAUCGAUCAGCCUUUGUCUCCAAGGGGAGCACCUACUCGUUUGCGCUGCUGUCAGGAAACUUGAGCUCCAGAGUAGAACGGAGCCAGAGCUGCAAUGACACCCUUCGGGAGAGAUCUAAGAGCAGACAGAGAUCAGCACCAGUAAGAACAAAGGUCAACCCGUUGGUGAGCGUGUCUACCCCCGUAGCUGGAGUUCUCUCGUCCACCCAGAACAAUCGCUGCCUCUCUGCCCCAGACUUGACAGCUGACAAGCGGGCGAGCCUCGGUGCUGCUGCUCCACUUUCCAUUCUCCCAAAGCCCGAGCGGUCCAUCAGUCCCGAGAGUAACGACAGCAUCUCGGAAGAGCUCAAUCAUUUCAAACCCAUUGUCUGCUCGCCGUGCACCCCUCCAAAGCGUCUUCCUGAUGGCCGCGUUCUCAGUCCUCUCAUUAUCAAGUCAACUCCGAGAAACCUGACGCGGAGCCUACAGAAGCCCACCACCUAUGAAGCAAGCCCUCGCAUUUUGAGAAAAUGGGAACAGAUAUUUCAGGAGCGCCAGAUGAAAAAGACACUCUCCAAAGCCACCCUGACAUCUUCAGCCCCAGAAAUGGGGGAAGAUUUUCUUGUUCCUACCGUGAAUUCCCUGAAUAUCAUCAAAGAGCCCCUGCAAAUGUCAAAUGACUCGCUGCCCCCUGAUAGCACAACGCGCACACGGGCAGAGUUAGAUUGUUUCCCUUCCAUCUGUGGAGCAAAACUUGAAAGCUCCAGCAAUAUCAAGAGAGACUUGGAAGCAGCGGACGAUGGCCUUGCAGCGCAGACGGGUAGAACCAUCGAGACGACCCGUUACCUCCGGCCGUCUGAGGUCUCCGAUGCAAACCCAGCCUUGCGCCUGCCUGGGUCCGGCCUCAGCUCCGAUUCAAAAAUGGUAACCCGGAAAGCGAUUAGAGUCGACUCGGCAUUUCCGGAGAACGGUACACGAGGGCGCUGUGUCAAGGCAGUGGGGAAGAAGCAGCUCAAGUACCUGAACGAAAGCGAACUGAGCAACUUGCCAAACGGCGUCUGCCUCGAGAGAGUCCGAGGCGAGGAGCCCCCACCUCUGAGGCGGGGCCGGAAGAGGCAGUGCAAAACCAAGCAUCUGGAACAGAGCUGCUCCGUCAAAAGACUGAGGCAGGCGGCCUGCCAGGGCACGCUGGUUGCAGCGGAGCCCCUGCGGAGAAGCCAGACGGAGCAGAAGCGGCUGCAGGAGGAGGAAGACCGAAGGCUGGCUUUGCAGCUUCAGUGGAAGUUUGACAGUGAAAACAGGAGAGUGGCGAGGCGGAAAGGGAGAACGGAUCAGUAUUUCUUGCGGUCAAAGAGCACCCUGGGUGCCAAGUAGCACUUGCCAAACAACUUUGCCUUCUCUGGCUAAUGUGAGGCGGAUCAGAAGGAUCUGGGCAGGAAGAAGAGCCGUUUCCUUAUGCUACUGCCAACGUACACGUUUCUUCUUCAUGGUUAGAGGAGUUAAAUCCAGUUCAUGCUGGAGCCUGGGUCUGCACAGGUCUAAGCCGCGUUUCAUCCCUCUUGCUGAAGCUGCUUCUGACGUUACAGAUUUCACUCACGAGAGCGUGUGUGCAGUUUGCCGUCCGGCGAGAGUCCUUAGGUCAGUAGGAUCGAGACCUGCAUUUACUGACAAGUUGCACACAAACCUGCUUCCAGAAUUCUCAGUUUGGCCAGGUCUGGUUUAUCGAUCGGUUCUUUUGGAAUCGCUGCUCUCGUUUCAAAGGUUAAUUGCUUUGAGUGGCAUUUUGUAGCCUCAGGAGCAGCCUUUCAGUCCAGAGGGAGGCCAGCCCCGUGGAUACACAGAAAUGUAUUUCAAUAUACAGUGUAUUGUAUCUGAAUGUGUAGUUUGGACAAGUGGCUUAUACUGAACCCAAACGAAUAACCAUUUGUUGUAGCUGCCCAUCUGUUUUUCUGGGUGCAGCUUGGUUGCCCCAGGGCAGAAAGCUUUGCAGUGGGUGGUACAGGCUGAGUCAGGCCAGCAGUGCAAAAAUGCAAGACAGCCCGGUUUGGACGUGAUAGAAUUGGCGAUGGGGGAAAGUACACCAGUUCUUUUCCCUCAAGUUGCACACUCUUGCUGCUUGCGGUCUCCUCCUUGUAGCUCCUCCUUGUAGUCACCAACACGGAGAGUGGAUUCAAACGUUAACUUUUCCAGGAGAGUAGCAAUUCUGAGAAUGGUUUUGGUGACAAGCCACCCAAGCAGAUGUGUGACUGAGGAGAAGCCUUUGUGGAUCCCUGUCGAACCCCCCCCCCCCCCCAAAAAAAAACCCAGGGCACUGAAGGGGCCAUUCCAAGUAGGAUUCGAACUGGAGAGUGGUUGGGCCAUAGGACUGUUUUCGUGGAGGCAGCUCUUGAAAGCUUCCUCACAGUGGAAAGAUGGCACAUAAAUGGCGUCUUAAUAUGUUGGGGGAUCUGGGAAGCUGUGACUUCCCCAUGUAGGAGGCCUGUCACCGUCUGGAUCCAUUAUAUGGAUUUGCUGGGGGGGGGUGGGUUGCUGCCUGGUGACUCUGCUGCAGCCGGUUGAUCUGAGCCCACCGUAGAGUCGUGUUUUUAAAACCUUGGAAUUCCAGGUAUCCUGCAAGGCUCGAGAGCUAUUUUGCCUGUUUGCUGCUGUUAAUACAGCACAAAAGCAAAAAGUACGCAAGGCGGCUUUUAAACAUUUGAAUCGGUAUGUAAAGGUUAGGUACACCCAGUGCACUUAAACUCUCCAUUGGGAGAAAAUCUGGCCGUCUCUAAAAGAAGGCUGCAGUUCAAAGAAGGCCUAGCACUUCAGAGAGCAAUUGUGGGCACAAGUUUUUAUUUCGUAUUGGAGCGUGCGCACACUUCUCCCUUUUGUGGGGGCAGCUAAAAUGGCGCUCAUUUCUCAAGACCUUCAUGUAACUCACACCACAGAAUGUUUUUGGUUGCUGCCCGGAAGGGCCUCAUAGCCUAGCAUGUUUCAAUGCUGCCUUAAGAUGUUUUCCAUGGCGGUGCUGGGAGCUGCUUGCACAGUGGAGGUUUUGCCAACUGCGUCGCUGAGAAUGAGCUCCGAGCCUUACUUGGGCUGAGCAGAACUGGAGCUCCAGGCAUUCUCUGAAGCCAGCUUGUCGAAGUGACGAGUAUCUUUGUUUCUUGCCUUCAUCCCAGUGGCUUUGAAGCAAGCCUGCAUCACGCUGCCUUUCUGGUUACCGGUCCGGAGAAUUGUGUUGGGCUUUACUUUUGUGGUUGACUCCUUUGCGUUGGAAUGACCUAAACAGACUGAUCUUCAGCAUAUUUACUUAGAAGUAGUUCCCAUUGAUUUGUGGGGCUUUCUUCCUAGUAAGGAUGCAAAGAAUUUCAGUCGAAAGCAUUUUGUUGAAUUUGACGUUGGGGCUAGGAACGGCAGUGAAUAUUUAGUUUCACGUUUCUUUCUUAAACUCAGCACUAUUGUCCGUGCGCAGCAAGGCAAACUAUUAAUACCAAAAUCUUGGCUUGGUUCGGAAGCAGCAGCCUUCAUAUUGUGCUGUUACGGGAACAAGAUGGGGGUGGAGCUCAUGAUGACGCGCUCGCCCAUCCCAUCGCUUGCUGUCUUCGCGCACAGCCAGCUAAAUAGAGAUGGCCAUAGAUUGCCCAUUGUGCAUAAAUUGGUUUGCUGAUGUAGCUGCCAUCUCUGGAUAGUUGUGUCUGAACCAGGCUUUUGAGGCUGCCUUUUCCAGCAUGGUGGAGGAGCUGCAGGGCACAGCUGUGAAGCCGGCGUCCUAUUAGUGAAGGAGAAGUUGGGGGUGAUCCUCGGGCCUCAGUACCUCCAGGGGAAGGUAUUCUGAUGCUAAGAUUUUAAAAGGCCGUUAAAAAAAACAGAAGUGACUCCAGCCCGGGUCAGUGCCUCUGCUGGCAAAAUAUUUGGCAAAGCCUCUGAAGUGAUUUCAUCCAUGGACAAGAAGCGUUGACGUAAUUUGUGGACAAAUUGGUGGUCGUGGCCUUGAUGGGAGGUUUACAGUCCUGCUCACAGGAUCAGCUUUGGAAAACUGAUGUAGAGGAGCAGUUAGGAUCCCCCCCCCCCACUUUUUCACAGAUGCAGUUAAGAGAUCACUUCAGCGUCAUCCCAUGGAUGCCAGAUAUUACGCUGGCCUUGAACUCAGAGCCACUGGUAGAUGCUUUUUUCCCCCAUUUUAACCAUGGCUGGAGGGGGAGGCCCACACUUCUGUCUUGCCUUUCUGGGGGGGGGGCAGUAGACGGCAUGUUGCUCACACCCGUAGAUUGCAGCCCCUUCCCAGAAGGGGCUUCACACUGAUAACGCCGGAGUGUAACAACUGCCUCUUUGCAAGCAGCAAGCUCAGCCCGGUCCCUGUGGCCCCCUCCGGCCAGACCAUGCGCCAGGCAGUUCUGUGCCGCCUUCUUGCUCAGCUUGGGGUGAGUCCCAGCUUAUGGCUGCCCUUCCUUUGUUGUGAGAAAGUCGACAUCUCACACAGAACCAUUCCACGCAUAGGGUCGCAAACCUGAGUGUGCACACAGCUAUAUCUCCCAUUCUGAAGACGUGUGUGCAUGACAUUUCCUUGUCUUGUUCGCACAUUUUUAGGUAGGCACGCUCCUAGAAAGCUGAGAGGGCACCCAGUCUAACUGCCUCAGUACGGUGGGGGAACUGGAGAGCCGUUUUAAGCACGCCUAUGGCCUUGGGGAAACCAGGGCAACAUUGGGCUUUUUCUUUUGACCUGCAGACCCUUGCAAACUGUGUGAAGCUCCCCUUAGUUUCAAGGAGCUUUUCCUUGUGGCACAGGAGGGCUGCUCUUUGAGGGAAAUGUCUAAACUGCCCUUGAGUGCCCUGAGCUGCUCAUACAGCCCUUUGGAUCCAGACCAAUGUCUGAAGGAGAGCCUGAGGGACACUUCCCUGCUUGAAGCGAGCUCUUGCUGAAGUGGCUCUAUUUAUGAAUGCAAAAUAGCAGAGAGUCCAGUAGCACCUUUUAAGACUAGCAGCUCUCUCCGUUAGAUGCAUGCACGCAAUAAAGUUGGUUAGUCUUAAAGGUGCUACUGGACUCUUUACUACGUUGCAAGUACAGACUAACACGGCUCACUCCUCUGGAUCUCUUUAUGAAUGAGCACAGUUGGCCUGUGGGACAGAACGCCGGCUCGAGUGCCCGUCUGCAGUAUUGUGCGUGAGGCCUGCAAACAUGAAUGUACCAGAAUGAGGAAUGUAAAGGGAAGGGAGCAUUCUGGCACAGCCGAGGUGGAUGUUCAAAGGCACAAAGCUGCCACCUCUCUGCACGUACCUCUCUGUUCUCUUGCAGCACCCUGUGCAAGGAACGCAACGAUGUGUUAUGCGUUGCCUCGGCCAGCCAGAGAUGCAAGGCUGCUCCACUUGCCAUCAUUGGCUGUCCAGGCCUGGGAGACCUAAAGGGCGGUGGUGGUGUGAGCCUGGGAAGGUGGCAGCAGCUUAUCUCGUAGAAGAAGACUAUGGCUUGGCUCUUCAGGUGGUUCAGCCCAGGAAGCUGCUUUACUUGUGGUUCUGGGCGACCAGCCCAGGUGUCUGAACAUGGAGACCCCUCUGGGUGUAUUGACCCUGAUAGAAAUCUGUCUCUCUGGCUGUCCAGGCUAUUGAAUGUAUUGAAAGGGCGAUUCUUGCUCUGUAUAGGAGGGGCGGGGGCCUUAAAAACCAUAUGCCGUUUUUAUAUGUAAUAAGGUUUCUAGCUCCAGGAAGGCUGACUUUAAUGUUUCAAGGACCUCUGCUAAUCUCGUAGCCUAAAAAUGCGUGCAGUGUUUUCUUCCACCACCCUUUCCUUGUAAGAUCGGCUUUCUGUUUAGGCCUUUGACUCUGCCCGGCCCUAAUCCUCGCUUGUUUCCUCAGCAAGGGUUGGGCCUGAGCCCGCAACAGUCAAGGAGAGUCUUGCCCCUGAUAUCUGCAGGUGCCAACUUUGUGUAUCUGCCUUCUUUUAAAAGAAGUGUUCCUAUUAAAUGGGGGGGGGGAUCUAUAAUGAAGGGUUCUGCAUACAGCCUAGCCCACAUACAAGUAGCAUACAACCACAGUCAGAGGGUUGCGCAGCUAUAGAAACUCUUCCUUGUGGCCCAGCAGGAAGGGGAGGGGGUAAAGACGUGACAGUAUCUGAAUGACGGCAGCUGCCAAAGACAUCAUCCGACUCGGAAAAUCCACUCUGGCCCCCUGGAGAUAUUUUUAACAAUAUAAAUAUUCCUGGGUGACAUUGCUACAGAUGCUGGUAAAGAAUUGAAGGGGAAGUGCCAAAAGGGAGUGGGUUUAGAAAACGAUUGUACUGCAUUCAGUUGUAUUCUGGGGGUUGAAGAGAUGCUUGGUCCUGUUUUCCUUGAUGCAAGCAAAGAGCACCGAAGCCUUAAAGAUGACGAUGUGUUGCUGUUUGCAAAACUGGCCUUGGAGCAUUACUUCAGUGUAGGCUUGCCGUGCUUCCUGUUGGGGUCUCUGGGAUCAUAUUUGUAUUUUGGCUUUUAAUGGAUGGCCGGACAGGAAACUUAAUCCUUCAGGAAGACCUUGUUCAAGCUGAGUUUCAGCUCAUGGAGAGGAUCUGCGGAAGUCUCUUAAAGCGGCAUUCUUUGCCCAAGACGCAGAUGUGGGCGUCCGUCACACUACUGAGUUGCUGUGCGAGAUCUUCCUUCCGGGAUCUUCACAGAGAAGCCAGAACUGCACGAGGCCCACUGAACUUUUGCUGGCUGGCACCACCGGCUCUCUCAGUGUUGUCGUCUAGGAGCCUGGAGAUCCCUCCUUCUUUCCCCUAGCUUUUUAAAAACAUUGCAAACUGGUAUACAAUUAGCUACUCACUAUGCAAACCAACCCCAAUUUUUGGUUACAGUUCAUGGCGCUGUGUGCGCUCACGCACACCUGGUGUCCUCAUUUGUGUAGUCAGACUGUUUCCAGCAAAAUAGAUGUUGCUGCGUUCCUCCUAAACUCAACCCCCCCCCCCCAGUAUGCUUUAAAUCAUUUGUGCUUUGAUGUGUAUCCUCCGCUUGGUACUUGAAAACCAGUGCAGUAUGACGCAAAGCAUCAUUUUUGAGAUUGCAACUGAAUCACUGUGGCUUCAUCAGAUUUUUAUAAAAGAA